UACAUGUAAACCGAAAUAAAUUCGUAUCCUAUCUUAAUUAAGAAAUCCACGUUAUUGGCUCAUCAAGUCAGAAAAAUGUGCGAAAUAUUAUUAUUAUUAUUAUUGCUGUUGUUGCGUUUAGGUUCAUAAUUUAUAAGUGUAGCGGUCCAUACCCUUAUGAUAAAGUAUACAGGACUGUGAAAAGUAGCCUAUGAAAGACGAAGACUAUCAUUGUCUCGCUUACGUUUGAUAUUAACAAAUGCGACGCUUUACUUGGCCAGAAAAUGCUCUUCUAACUGGUUUAUUACUAUUUACCUUCCGUUAGAGGCGGUGGUGACCCCCUGUUACACCCCGCCUACUAGUUAGUUCUCACCUCUCUACGUCACCUGACCGAACACCAUGCAAAUCAAAUCUUUUCUAAAACGCCAUUGGCCGCCUUCAGCUCAUUUAAUCGCUGUCAGAGCGCAUCGUAUGGCUGCUGCUCUAUUAACUUCCCUACACUGUUAGAGAAAGUAGCUCAAAGACGCUUUUCAUCGCUGUGGAUCUGAAAAGCAAAGUGGAGAGGGGGAAACACUCUGAAAAAGUCCAACGAAGUAUCAUUACCGUCCUGGAUUACAUUGCAUUGUGUGCCUCGCUUUUUGCCGGAGGUUCGCUCGUUCGCACCAGCUGAGCCGGACUUUAGCUCAGAAACUGAAUGUUCUUCUAUAUUGGUUAAAAAGUUAAAUCCAGCUGAAUGUAUAGCAUGAUGAUGGAAACGGACCUGCAUUCCCCAGGACCGCAAACAAAUACGAGUUCGGGGCAGACGGGGCCAAACAAUGGAAGCAAAUCUAACCAAGACCGGGUGAAGAGACCGAUGAACGCGUUUAUGGUUUGGUCUCGGGGUCAGCGGAGGAAGAUGGCCCAGGAGAAUCCCAAAAUGCACAACUCCGAAAUCAGCAAAAGGCUGGGUGCUGAGUGGAAAGUCAUGUCGGAGGCGGAAAAGAGACCCUUUAUUGACGAGGCGAAGCGGUUGCGGGCCAUGCAUAUGAAAGAGCAUCCGGAUUACAAGUACCGACCCAGGAGGAAGACCAAGACCCUUCUGAAAAAAGACAAGUACUCCUUAGCUGGAGGUCUGCUCACCGGAGCUGGCAGUGGCGGUGGAGUUGGUCUAGGCGUCGGGAUGAAUCCGGCUGGGGUCGGACAGAGGUUAGAGAGUCCUGGGGGUCACGGUGGCACAGCAAGCGCGGGCUAUGCACACAUGAACGGCUGGGCAAACGGCGCUUACUCCGGCCAGGUCGCAGCUGCUGCAGCCGCCGCGGCGAUGAUGCAGGAGGCACAGCUCGCGUACAGCCAGCACCCGGGCAGCGGGACUCAUCACCACCACGCACACCACCAUCACCCUCACAACCCCCAGCCUAUGCACCGCUACGACAUGGCCGCUCUCCAGUAUAGCCCCAUCUCGAACUCCCAGAGUUACAUGAGCGCCUCUCCGUCGGGGUACGGGGGAAUUUCCUACGCUCAGCACCAGAACUCGAGUGUGGCUUCCUCGGGGGCUAUUGGCGCCUUGGGGUCGCUGGUGAAAUCGGAGCCAAGCGUGAGCCCUCCUGUCUCCACUCACUCCAGAGCUCCGUGUCCGGGAGACCUGAGGGAAAUGAUAAGCAUGUAUUUACCCACGGGCGAUCCAGGUGACCCGUCAGUUCAAAGUAGGCUGCAUACAUUGCCACAGCACUAUCAAAGUACCACAGCAGGGGUGAACGGCACAGUUCCGCUGACACAUAUUUAAUCGUAAACAAAAUGAAUACAAACUGCAACGAACAUACAGAAACUCUUAACCAAAUAUUUACCUCUUUUUUAGAUUGUCACUUAACUACCUUUUGUACAGAAUGUUUUGAUGUUCAUGUAAAAUUUAAGUUAAAUAUUGUUUGGAUGCCUUUUAGGAAAAAAUGAUAAGAUAUACCACAAGAAAACAACAUGGUUUUGACAUCGGCUACUAUUCCAUCAUUUUGUUUAUAUUAAACCCUUAAUUGUUCCAUUUUUAGUUCAUUGACUAAUUAAACGUUUUAAACAAUUGCGAUUUUCCUGUAAAUUCAAUCUACUGGUUUUGAAGUCAUCCCCAUUUUCUGUGCGAAAUGGCUAUAGCGUUAUUAACAAAAAUUACAGUAGCAAUUAAGUUGAACAAACACGAACAUAUUUUUAAAGUUUAUAGAUUUCCCCAUUUGACAUUUUCCCAGACGUUUGUAAACACGUGAGUUUCUGUAUCUGAAUGAUUUAUUUUUUGUUGUAAUAUUUCUUGUAAAUUGUGAAUAUUUUUUCAAUAUUCUAGAAGCUGACAAGAGACUACAUCUGUAAAUAGUUUACUAAAUGCAUUUCUCUUAAAGAAAAAAAGAAGGAAAUCUUGACAUUGCU